GCACUAGUUCGGGACGGUUCUGCGAGGGUCACUGACUCACCACCAGCACGGACAAGGACCCGGCACGGGCUGUGUGAGGUACUGUACCUAGGAUAAGAUGGCUGAUCCUUGGCAACAAUGCAUGGAUUAUGCAGUUACUUUAGCAAGAAAGGCUGGAGAGGUAGUCCGGGAAGCAUUGAAAGAGGAAAUAUCCAUUAUGGUUAAAAGCUCACCAGCAGAUCUAGUGACAGUCACUGAUCAAAAAGUGGAAAAAAUGAUUAUUUCUUCUAUAAAAGAAAAAUAUCCUUCUCACAGUUUCAUUGGAGAAGAAUCUGUUGCAGCUGGAGAAGGCAGUACCUUGACAGAUAAUCCCACGUGGAUUAUUGACCCUAUUGAUGGAACUACUAACUUUGUACACAGGUUUCCAUUUGUGGCAGUUUCGAUUGGCUUUGUUGUCAACAAAAAGAUUGAAUUUGGAGUUGUAUACAGUUGUGUGGAAGAAAAAAUGUACACUGGCAGGAAAGGAAAAGGUGCAUUUUGCAACGGUCAGAAGCUUCGAGUAUCAGGACAAGAAGAUAUUACAAAAUCACUUUUAGUAACAGAAAUGGGAUCUAACCGUGAACCAGAGACUUUAAAGAUAGUUCUUUCUAACAUGGAAAGGCUUCUCAGUAUUCCUGUUCAUGGGAUUAGAGCUGUUGGUACAGCAGCUGUAAACAUGUGCCUUGUGGCAACUGGUGGAGCUGAUGCAUAUUAUGAGAUGGGCAUUCAUUGCUGGGAUAUGGCAGGAGCUGGAAUUAUCAUUACUGAAGCAGGUGGAGUGCUGCUGGAUGUAUCAGGAGGACCAUUUGAUUUGAUGUCACGAAGAAUAAUUGCUGCAAGUAGUCGAGCCAUAGGAGAGAGAAUAGCCAAAGAGCUUCAGAUAAUCCCCCUACAAAGGGACGAUGCCACAAAUUGAAUACCACAACUACACUUAAGUGUGGUAAUACUAAGUUUGUCAACAGUUGUCACGUACUCUGGGAAUUUAGAAGAAAACGUCCCACGUAAGAUCACAUGUUGCACUUAAAUGGGUAGUAAUAUACUUCUGAAUAUAUCUUAUU